AGUAAGGAAGACUCUUCGCUCCAAAAAACCCUCCACAACUCCUCUGCCACCCACCACAGUUGCGAAUCCACUUCCGUGCCACCAACCACUGUUUCGAAUCCAGAUCCUCUGCCGCUCAAGCCCCAUGUCUUACUUAGAUCAUUCAUGCAAUCCUUGGCUCCACUGAGCACCAAAUCCCCUUUUAUAGAUCAAGCCAAAUCCGAUAUCAUCCUCUAGAACUCCCCCUGUUCCAGAGUCCCGACCCUCAUCUUCAAAUCAUCUUAGCCGCUCCUCCCAGGUUCAGCUAACUGAACCACCGAUCUGCCCCCACCCUGGCCUCCCAUCGUAGAUGCAGGUGUAUGGCGUUGCCUAAAACAUCAAUUGCAGUUGUGGAUAAGUUACUUACCAAGAGAGGAGCAGCU